AUGCAGGAACAGGGUCCAGAUUUUAGAUCUCGUAUGUCAGCUUUCGUUAUCGCCGAAGCCUUGCUGAAACUCUACCAGAAGAAGAAGCUGUUCCCCUCCGGCAUGGAGUCCUCCAACCCUUUGGCCCAGAAAUGGGCGAUCAAGGAUCUCUCAGAUGGUGGAGAGUCCCAGGAAUCCUCGUCGUCCUCGGGUGCCUUGGAGGACCUCAUGAAGCUGACCCAGCAGAAGCCGGUUGAGGCCGAAACCAAGGUUUCGCAGGAUCGUUUGAAGUUCAUGAAGGAGAAGAAGGCCGAGGGUUACAGUAUGGAAAAAAUCAAUCGUGCUUGGAUCAAGAAGCUGAGGGAUGAGGAGGAUAAUGAAGCAGUUCAGGAUGAGCCGUUCUACCCUUCCUCCCAGUACAAGCCGAAGAAGAAGAAGGGCUCGAAGAAGGACUCGAAGACCCCCGAGAAGAAGAAGCCCGAAGAGAAAAAAAAGAAGACCAGCAAAGCAAAGCCACCGGUUGAAUCGUCCACGUAUCAACCUGGAACCUUUAAAGAUGCUCGCAAUGCUUUUAUGCAGAAGAAGAGGGCCAAAGGUUUCACGCACCUCGAGGCCUGUAAGGCAUGGAUGCUGUCCAAUCGUCGAGCUAACAUGCUCUCGGACCUCCCGGAGAACGUGGCAGCUACAGCAGCUGCCGUGGAGCCCAUGGGCAAGGCAGAUGGUAUGCCUCCCGUGGUUCUGCCGAAGCCUGCAGAGCUCGUGAAUCCCGGGUGCAGAGCAGAGCGAGAGCGAGGCCUCGAUCACCUCGAGUACGCUGAGACGGCAGUUUCAGCAGAUGAGGCAGCAGAUCGAGAAGGAGGAGCAGGCUGUGCAGGCCGAGGGAUCGAGGCGAUCACGAUCGAGAUCGGGGCGAUCGAGAUCGAGGCGAUCGAGAUCGGGGCGAUCGAGAUCGAGGCGAUCGAGAUCAAGGCGAUCGAGAUCAAGGCGAUCGAGAUCGAGGCGAUCGAGAUCAAGGCGAUCGAGAUCGAGGCGGCGAUCGAGAUCGAGGCGGCGAUCGAGAUCAAGGCGGCGAUCGAGAUCGAGGCGAUCCCGGAGGCGAUCGAGAUCGAGGCGAUCCCGGAGGCGAUCGAGAUCGAGGAGGAGGAGGAGGGUACGUAUCAGAGCCGUGUACACUAUUGCAAGUUAAUUGAAAAAGAUUGGUCGAUGCGAGCUGGUCGUGGUGAGGAUCUCAGCGAAGGUGAUAUCAUCAUGUGCAAGCUGAUCAAUUGGUGGUGCAGGGGCCUGACCCUAGAUAGCGAUGCCGAGGCUAAGUUUUGCCUCGAGCCGCCAAAGAAGGAGCCGAAGCUGUGGAAAGGUGCUUCGAAGCUGACACCUCCUAGGAGGGUCCGAGAAAAGUCAACCCCGGCGGGGGGCUCGGGGAUCAAGCGAUCUGCUGUAGAUCGUGACGGUGCAUGGGUAUAUGAAGGGCAUGCUCAUGAGAAUCAAAAGAAGAAGAACAAGAAGCAAAAGCAACCCAAGGAGGAGGAGAAAGAGGAGGAGCAUGAUGCAGUGCCAGCAACAAGCAACAAAAAGUCCAAGAAGGCAAAGAAGGAGAAAGCAAAGGAAAAUAAGGCUGCAAAGGUUUCCAUUGAUCAAAUGGACACCCAGGAGUGGGAUGCCGAGGAUACGGGGCCAUGGGCACAGGAGCUCGAAUGGGAUGAUGAGGUGCAGGCCGAAUGGGAGGCAUGGCGAGAGGAAUGCAGGCUCAUCAAGAUCAGUCAGCAGGAGGAAGACGAAGGCGACGUCGAUGGAGAGGCUUGGGAUCCGGAGGACUUCAUUCCUGAGAGCGACUGGUAUCACAUGGUGGUACCUUCAAGUAAGUUGCCACUGUGGGGAGGGUUGAGAAGUGAUUAUGAGUCUUCGCACUCGUCUGAUCAGCUCGAGGAGGUGCCGGAGAAAGUCGCCAAAGAUCCCGUACCGUCAACCGCGAAGGAGGUGCCGGAGAAAGUCGCCGAAGAUCCCGUACCGUCAACCGCGAUGGUCCUGCAUGAAAAGAAGGAUGAGAAGAUCACUUCGGCCACGCACCGCUCAAGCUGGAACAAGCUAUCGCAGCUUGCGGAGAGCGGCGAGUUCCCAUGCCUGGCUUCGGCCUGGUCUACUGCCGAUAGAAAGAAAAAGAACGAGCUACUUCGGAAGUAUGUGCUCUCCAAAGACCCCAAUCAGGUCGAAAGCGAGCUGCAAGUCACGAGUACCCAAGGCACUGGUAGCAGAAAGGUCAGGGUGUGCUUGACCCUCCGCCAGAUGAGAAAGAAGCCGUACUUCUUCCCCAAGGAGAAGUGUGAGUGGAUCGCACAGAACAGAAAAGGCAUCGAGGACGAAGACUUUCCAGGUGGUCCACUAAAGUAUUGGGUCAAUGUCAUGAUGGAAGCCGAAGACUACAAGAAGAACCAGUCCGAAGUCCGAUCCCGCUCCAAUAUGGACAUUCAGGAGGCGAUGCAGGUCCACCUCGCGAACAAGCCUGCUUUCGGCAAGAAGUCUGAUCGCACAGAGACGGUCGAUGAUGACGCUGACAGCGACGAAGAGCAGAAGCCCGAUGCUUUCGAGAAAGCCACAGCAGACAUGCGGUCCGCAUUCCAGAAACCUCUUCGAGAUGAUGAGCUUUUCGCAAAAGCCAAAAAGGCGAAGAUGGCGAUCCCCUGCUUGGCUCAGUAUGUCGUCACGCCUGUGCAUGUGCAUGCUGGGCAGAUCGAGUACCAGUCCUGGCCAUAUAUAAGUCCGAUAGAGUGGUUGGAAAAGUUGAUGAUGGACCAUCGAGAUGCCUUAGUACCAAGCCCCAGUGAGAUAAAGGAUUUCUGGAAAACGUGGCUCAAAGACCACCCCCUCGACGAAUUCCACGACGACAGCUGGCCGCUGGAGAGAAUCAUACCGCUACAAUUGUGGGGGGAUGAGGGUACCCUGAGGUCUAACUCUUGGCUCCUGGUGACUUUGCAAUCAGCCCUUGGCCCUCCUGAUGUGCGAAGUCUGUCACAGGCGAGCAGGUACCCUCUUUUCUCUUUCCCCGUGGAAGGUUAUGUGAAAGAUCCCGACACCAAUGUCAACAUGUCGCUGGACAUGUUGUUGGAAAAAAUUUCCUCGGACUUCAACAAGCUGCUUAGCGAGGGCUUCACAACGAAGCAUGGACAUUUUUUUGCCAGGCUAGUAACGCUGAAGGGCGACUGGAAAUGGCUAGUGCAGGCACUGAACCUGGUUAGAUCGCCGAGCUCCGACAUGAUAUGCCCAUUUUGUCAUGCCGGGAAAACGCACAUGCUCUUCACGAAUGUCCGAGAGGAUGCCCCGUGGGCAAACACACUUUUCUCUUCUGCACCUUGGCAGGUGUUCCCUAGUAUAAUGCGGAUCAAGUAUUUUCGCCUGGAGAUGGUUGUCUUCGACCUGAUGCACGUUUGGCAUUUGGGGUGUGGCAGAGAUAUCGCCGGCACGUGCAUUAAGGAGCUCACGAAAGCCAAAAUUUUUGUUGGUAGCAAGAUCGGUGAGAGGCUCCAAUCGGCAUAUCAAUCCUUGAGAUCCUGGGCUCGAGAACACAACAAAACAUUGGCCAUCAAAAGGUUUACGAAGGAGAAUGUGCAUUGGUACAGCGAUGCCUGCCCCGAGCCUUGCACGAUCUUAAGUAAUUAA